AUUACCGUUUGGAAAAAUUCAUGUGUGAUUUCAGGCAACACUGUCUUGUCAAACUUAACCACAACCCAGGGUGGUACAUUGUGUACACAGUGUACUACACAGAGGAGUAAGCCGCUAAUGAGAAGUAUAGAAACACAGCAUCAGCAGGAUAAAUAUGUCGUGUAGUUAGUUACAGGGUUUUCGUUUUAUAGGGCAACAGUCUGCCACCAUGAGCCGCAGCCCGUCGCUGGAGUGUCUGUCAUGAUAUCACGGAUGUGUGCAAUUGCAUAGCUUAUACACACACGCGCACACACACCAAUGCAAAACUCGAUCUCUCAGACUCAGACCUCUAAUGCUGUGUGACUGCUCUCCCCUGGGCUUCGUUCUGCUCUGCUAGAUGAGCUCAGCUGCCUGCAUGUACAGAAAUCAGGGAAUCCCUACAUUCUCUUCCUCCGCUUAUUCAUCCAUUUAUUCCCCCUGCAGCCCUGUGUGGGUAUGAGUGUGUGUGUGUGUGUGAGAGAGAGAGAGAGAGAGAGAGAGAGAGAGAGAGAGAGAGAGAGAGAGAGAGAGAACGGUACACAAAGGCUCAGUUACCAUUAGGGAGGCAUUUUUUUCCUGUGACAAUGAUAAAACAGCCCCAGCACAAGCUGCAUCUAUUUCUUUUGGGAGCCCAAUGAACUAAUUUUAAGACGCUUCACUGUGACAGAUUAUAGUACAGCAGGAGAUCUCAACAGCGAUGUACAAUAAGUGAGGGAAUUCUAGGUCAGGAUUUUUCUCCUUUGGCACUAAAAAAGCUUCAGCAGGAGACUGUUUGAUAUCAAAUACCAUUACAGAGGUUCAUAAUGACUCCUCACAUAAUAAAUAAACUCAUUAGUCUUAUCUGAAGUCAUUAGUGCGACUGUUUUGUAUCAAAUACAUGUUUUCAAACCUGCAUUUAUGUUCCAGCAAAGCUCGAGACUGAUGACUUAUACAAGAUGUUGGUUUUCUUAUAAUCUGGAUCAUAUUUCAAUCCUUUUAUAUAAACAUAUCUGAACUUUUUAUGUCAGAAUUUCUUCAAAUAUCACAUGAAGCCAGUAGUUAAUAAUUGUUAUAUAAAUCAGUGAACAGCCUUUACAGCAAUAGGUGGCAUUUUUAGUAAAGCAGCUAAUGAGCUAGAGUUAGUCAAGAGGAUUGAUGUUGAUCUUUUUAUUUGGCAAAACUCUUCGAAACAAGGAGAUUCCAGCUGGUUUAUCUUUAGAGAGAAUUUGUUGCUUUUUGGUCAAUUAUGAGGGUUAAAAAGAAGUUCAUCUUUAAAAUUCAUUUUGAUUUAUAACUGUUUUUAAAUGACUUUUUUGUUUGUUAGUAAGACCGAUUAUGUUUCCAUUUCUUUUUUCUGUGAAAAGCAAACAAGCUGGCAUUUGAUCAUAAAUUUCACCAGUAUGGUGUUGUUUGUGGUACUUUUUUUUACCGUAUUCUGAUAAUCACAUUUUGGAUUUAUGAAUAAAAGGAUAGGUCACAGUAAAGCAGAGGACAGCAGGUCAUCCCAGAUUGUGACCUUUGCGCUCCUAAACAGUGGCCCAAAAGCCUCCUGCCCAUAACAACGAGGACUUCUUAUUUUCCUUUUUGCCGAUCUUCUGUAGAAAGAUGUCAUGACACCUUCAAACUGAAUAAAAUAUCAGCACUAUUCAGGUGAGAAGAAAAGAUGAACUGCAGUACUGUUUUAGUAGACAGUGCAAUCUGGUUUUGGCUACUCUUUUUUAAAGCUUCAGUAAGGAGUUUUUGUUUUACAUUAAUAAAAUAGACUGAAUUUUUUAUCAAUGCCUGCUCAUGAUAUCCAUAACCUAACAAGACCCCAUCGGGGUCUGUGUAUCAGCGUCAUCUACACAGCUGUAGAAACAGGUUUAGCAGUUUCCUCAUCAAAUGUGCAAAAUGAAUUAGACAUUUGAAUGUUAGAAAUCAGCAUGAUGCUAUUUUUGUCAAAAACUCAACCAUGUUGAUUCUGCCUUGUCCCUAAAUUGACACAAAUUGAAAUUUCCUCACAGGAGCUUUAAAAUCUCGAGUCACUUCCAAAGCCAGGCAAUCUCAAAGUUAAAAAGAACCAUGGGUGUACAGACGAGGCAAAACCACGAUGAGGUUUUAGGAUGGAGAACAGAGGUUGACGGUAAAUCAGGCCGACUGAUGACUCUUUGAAACGAUGGAAAUCAGCCAACAAUCGUGCUCAUGAGGUUGAUUUAACUCAAAAACCAGCAAAGAUCGAGACUUUUGACAGAAAGCACUACAUACAAAAACAUGUUCAGGAUAAGAUCAGCCAAGAAAUAAGAGGUAUCACUUUGUCCACAGGGGGCGCCAAAUCAAAGUUGCUUAUAGGAGCUUUAAAUUGUAAAGAAAUAUAUAUUUUGUACUUUUUCAAAAACAGAAUCGAAAUGAUGAAAUAGAACAUAUUCACAAUUUUUCUGAGAUCUAUCUUCCACAAAAAAAAAACCAUAAAACAACAACAAAAAAGCACUGUUGCUUUAUCAUUUUCAUACUGAAGCUUGAGUUUGAUGUGUCAUUAUACCCCUUCACACUGAGACUGCAGAAUAAUUACCAUUCAUUAGUGAUCUAAAUGUGAGCUCCCCAGCAAACUGACUGAACUGACUGAAUUUAUCACAAUAAAUAAGACGACCAAGUAAAAAACAAAUGCUUUUUUUACCCAGCAUGUCAAAUGUUAUCUGCUGGGUGGAAGCUGUGAUAUAAUGGCUGUGCUUUCACACAUCCUUCUGCAGUCAGAUGAAACCUUUGCUACCCUCUGGCUAAUUGGUGCCAGUUUAGUGGUUCAAAAGUAAAAGCUCUGAGAUUUAUUUGUGGAUGGAUUCAGGUUAAAACGUUUUGCGAUCACAGAUCUUCUUUGUACAGAGUAAAAAAAGUAGAAUAUAGAUGGAAACUGUGUUAAAGCUCAUGCGUAUUAUUUCAUCCCUAUGACAGAUAUUGUUAUAAAGAUAAAUCUCAAUCUUUGCUUUUUCAGGUCUGCCACACACCUUACAACAAUAUUCCUCCCCUUUUCCUGUGAGUUUCAUCCAAAACAAAACCUUCUUCUAAGGUUAAAUCCAACUCCGAAUCCAAAUGAUCCAAAUUUUAACACUUUUCCAAACAAUCAACCAGACAUUCAGCUGCAUCCUGCAUGCCAGUCAGCCCAGUAUCUCCCCCAGUAAAGCACUGGGAUAUCGCUUUGGCUCCAGAAAGCGAAAACAAGGUCGUGUUUAGUUUUCAGCUGUGAGCCAGAGGCAUGCUGCAUGACCAUUAAAGUCAAUUCGUGUCAUUAAAAUAAGGUUAGAUGUGACAUCAAAAACCAUGUCUGUCUUUCUUGAUCAUUUCAUGCUGAGUGUCCUGCUGCUGUGAUGAAGGGGGAAUUAAUGCAACACAUUUCCAACAGACCAUUAAAAUUCACCUGAGUUGACCGCAGGUUAAUCUACCGUGGAGGCAACAAGAGGCGAGAAAACGAGCUUUUUGCUGCAUUGCACCUGACCAAAAACGCUCUUAACUUAAAACCGGAAAGUGGGCUGUCUGGUCCCGCACUGUGAGACGAAUCCACCGGGAUCGUGGUCGUGAUGGUGGAAAGACAGCCUCCCCCCCCAGCUCUCGAGAGAAAAAAAAACAACAACAAGGAAAAGAGAGAAUAAAACAUCAUUAAGUGGAGACAAAUACAACCGCUCAGUAUGCCAUAUGCCAGAGGAGACUCGGCGGUGUUCGGAGUCCCGGUAGUGCGGAGGGUCGACCCGAUUAACCGCGGUAGUGUCUUACCUGGAGGCGGCGGAGAGUGACGGGGAGCCGGCAGGCAGGCAGGGGAGCACGGCGGGCUGGAAGAAGGAGUCGGUCCGGGGAUCAGGGACCGAGUGUGAGUGUGUUGGUGCGUCUCGGCACCGACUGAAGGCGCAAACCCACGGUUAGGGUGUUCCCGACAGGAGGGGGCGUGGUGUGUGUGUGUGUGUGUGUGUGUGUGUGUGUGUGUGUGUGUGUGUGUGUGUGUGUGUGUGUGUGUGUGUGUGUGUGUGUGUGAGAGAGAGAGAGAGAGAGAGAGAGAGAGAGAGAGAGAGAGAGAGAGAGAGAGAGAUGCAUGAAAUCUUGACAAAUAGGCUUAUUCUGACAAUGCGACAGUUGUUUCUGCACAAACUCAGACUCCUGUUGGUGUUGUUGUUGUUUUAUGAAUAAACAAUCGGGGUAUUAAGUGAAUUUAACACCUUGUAUUUGUGUGAGUACUCUACUCAGAGUAAGUCCGCAUUGUCACAGAGUGGUACAUUAUGUAUUGUGUAUUUUCUAGCUGAGGUCCUCUGGGGUUAUGGGGUCUAUUUCUGUAGUUGUUGUGGCCAGAGGAGCAGCCAGCUUUCGUGCAGACUGACAGAUUAUUUAAUCACAUUUUAUGUAGACCUGCUGAGAAAUACAUGGUUUGGUCCUCUUGCACAAACAGGGGUUUGAAAAGAGAUGGUGAAAUAAAGGAGCACAAAGCACAGCUGUUUGAUCAUUGAAAGUGAUUCAAUCUUGAAGUGUUUUUGCCUGUUUUUGUUGUGGUUUCAUUUUAUACGCUGGGUGAAUUAGGACUGGGCGAUUUGGCCAAAAAAAUGAUCACGAUAAACUUUGUCAUAUUGUAUAGUAUGAUCUCGAUUAUUAUCCCGAUUUUUUAUCCCGAUUCUGUACUUAAAACUAAAAAAUAAAUAGAUAAAUACUAAAUAAGACUUUAAAUAACUUUUCUUCUCAACAAUAACAUCUUCGGAGGAUGACUCAAAGUCAUGGCUGACAUCUAUUUUACUGCCCUCAGCUCCACCAUCGGUUACUCUGUUUACCUCUCUGGCAUCUUACAGAAGUGAGCAGGAAAAGCUAAACUCUGAUUGGCUGUUGUGAUGCACAUUUUCGCAAUGUCUGAUCCAGUAAAUGAGCUCACAGCUGAUCACCGUGAUCGACCUGAAAUUUAUUACGAUCAUUAAUCACUAUCAUAUAAUCGCCCAGUCCUAGGGUGAAUUGCAUCGCCAUGUGCUGAUUCCCUGCAUUGCCUAAUGCAUUAAAUCACAUGUUAUUUUCAGUGCAGUAGGCUGUUUAUUCAUGUGACUGUCAAAGGUUGCAACUAACUCUGGUGCAUUUCAUGGUUGUGCAUUGCCCAUAGUAAAAAGAAAACGUGAUGCAGCACUUUCUUGGGAUUACACACUUAUCUACAAAAAAAAAAAUAAUAAUAAAUGAAUAAAAAAAUGAAAGAAACAUCCAAGAUAGGAUAAAAUAGAGUUUCAAACCUAUAAUAAAUUGCAAGAUCGGAAUGAACACAACAGCCUGUUAAAUUAUAGUUAUAAUACCUUUCUAAAGAAGAAAAAAGUAAUUUUAUGAUAUGGUCAGAUCAGUAUUUGUUUGAUGAAUAACUGGCCAAAUUAUUUAAUUGGCCUAUUGAGCUGUAUGGUAAUGAGCUUUUCCUUAAAAACACGUAAAAUGCACUGGUAUCCCACAGAGAAAACGUUGGACGACAUGUGUUGAGGAUAAAAAAUACCCUUACUUCGUUUCAAAAUAUUAAGAACAUUAACAUAAUCUCAAAACUAACCUUUUACUUAAUUCAAAAGGUUUAUUUUUAGGUUCCAAGGACCCCUGCUUUUUUGAGAAACAAAUAGAUUCGUGGUGUUUUAUGUGAGUCAUACGCCCCCUCAUGGUAAUUGUGUGAGUGUCUUGUCAUGUCUAACUCCAGCCACAGCGGGGCGACAUAGAGGUUCAGUCAGAUGUUUCAGGUUUUAUAGUCUUCUCUUGACUGAACUCGUUGACUCCACACAACAGGAAGUAAACAGGAACAAUAACCGGACUACAGACAGACGCCGGUAUAAAAAAGAGGAUCCAACCCGGAGUGUCGUUGUUGGAAACGAUGGAGGAAUAUAACUCUGGAGAUGAGGUGAAGUAAUUAUGAAUAGUACUUCAUUGAAAUGUGGACAGCUGCAUAGAUGAGUCAACAAAGAAAGAUAUAAGCUAGUUUAUGUGCUGUUAGCUAAAGCAGUUAGCUGAGUAAAGGAUCAGGAUUCAGUCAGGGAGUGGUCUCUCUGUCAUAAUAUCACUAUUAGAUCAAUAUUAAUGUUACACACAGAAAGUUAAAGACUAAAACGUGGUAACUAUUCAUUUUGUUAAAUGGAUUGAAGAAGAUUAGACACAGAACAAACACAUUUCCAUAAAUGUAAUAAUCAGGCAUAACAUCAUGAACACUGGGCAAUAUAAUGUAACAUCUCUACUACAAAUUAGCAUAUUUGUUGUUGACAGUAGGGGAGAGUGGGGUAAGUUGAGCCACCCCCUGUUGCUUGGAAAUAGUAAAAGAAAUUUAUCAUGUGACCAAAUAUUUCGGAGAUGGGCAUCAAUUCAUGGAGUCUGUGAAUGUUAGAAGCACAUGGGCGAAGGGGUUAGACAUUUAUUUAGGAAAAAAAACAAAAACAUUUUCCAUUCCUGAAAGGGAAUUUAGUCUGUCAUAAGUUUUAUUAGAAUUGUGUUCAGACCAAAAAAGAUCAUUUUAAAUUUAUUUUAUACAUCAAUUGUGGUAUCUAUGAGCUACAACAUGAGGUCAAAAACCUAACAUAAAAGUCCACCAUUUUAGCUUAGAGGACUAAUAAAGUAAUAAUAGUAGUUCUGGGGUAAGUUGAGUCAGUGGUUCAACUGAGAAAGUAAAGGAGUCUGAUGAGAGGAUCAGAGUUUCAGUUCAGAUUGUUGAAAUGUGUUACUUUUUCUUUUCAAAAAUACAGCUGUGAAUGUUCUGAAUCACUUAAAGUCAUUCUCGUGUUAAAAUGACUUUUUACAACACAGCUUUUUAGCAGUGUUGUAAAAAGUUGACCAGAGGAGACCACUUUUUUUGGCAUGCUAUAUUAUCAAGACAGUUAUGUUUACACUCAUUCUGUUGGUUUGCAGGGAUGAACAACAUCUUGAAAUAUAAUAUGAAAAAUGGCUCAUCUUACCCCACUCUCCCCUAUACACAGAUGAAGUCGUCGUGGGUGUUAUUAGUGCACUCAUAUUGAAGGUGUUCCUAAUAUUUUGUCCCGCUUCUUUAUGUGUUAAUGAAGUGACUAAGUUGUCAGAAACACUAUCAGCUAACAGCUAUCCUCUGUUUGACAGUGUCACCAGCUUAGAGAAUGAAGGAGCUUGGUAAAAGUAAAGUCUGUGGUACAGAUGUGUUGUUGGGUUUAUUAUGCAUCAGCUGGUCAGACUUUAUUCAGUCAUAUCCUGAUAAAGUCAUUUUAAGUUUAAACUUAAAUGGAAAAUAUGUCUGAGUUUAGAGGAACUUUUUAAAGAAACAGUAAGAAUAGGCUCUUAGAGUUUGUAAUUCAGUUACUAGUGCUCAGUUACAAAAUAAGAAAUCAAUCCUUGUAUUUUGAUCUUUUUUUAAAGAAAGGGUGUAAAUGUUUAUGAAAUAUGUGCCUUGUUUAUCAACCUUAAAAUUAUCUGUUGAAGCUGUAAUUUUUAAGUUCUCUUUUAUUCUUUUUGCCAAAAAACUUUGUUGUCAAAGAGCUGUUCUGUACACAAAAAUCUUGAUCUGUCAAGUCAAAAAUACUGAACUUUGGAGAGUAGUAGUGUUGUUAAGGUGCAUUCUGAGGAAAAGCGUAUAGUGUGAUCAAAAAAGACUUAGUCCAAAAAGUUAAUGUAGUGGGUUCUCCCUAACUUGUGAGUUGAAUGUUGAAUUUGUUUUUGUGGAAAAUGAUUUUGGUCAUCAUAUUUAUUUUGAAGUCACUUUUUUCUAUGAUAGUGACUAUAAUCUUUAAUUAUAGAGCAAUUUUCAAAAUCUUAUUACAAAGUGCCUAACAGGGCACGAAGAAGAAAAAUGCAAAUUUAGACAAUUUUUUUUUAACAGGGAUCAACCUACUCAGAUAAUAAAAUCAAUUACACAUUAACCAUAAACGCAUGAAAUUUCAGGUUGAGUAAAAUCAGGAAAAAGUACACUUUAAGGAGUGACUUUAAUGAGUGCACUGAGGCAGCCGACCUUAUAUCCUUAAGCAGAUCAUUCCAGAGCUGAGGAGCUCUGACUGAAAAUGCUCUGAAACGCUUUUUUUAGAUCUCCUUAUUCACCCAAAAAUAAACCUGUAGGUGCUGACCAUGUGAAAUCUUUUGACUUUGUGUUUUUAUGACCUUGUGUGUAUCAUCUUCAGUUUGACUUAAACCUUAAAGUAACUGUGUUUCCUUACUUUGCUACUGCAGGUGAUCUUCAACUCUGAUGAGGCUAACACUAUCGUAAAAGAGGUACAUUUUCUCCACCUGGAAAUAUUACUGAACUGUGUUUUCUCUUUGAGUGUCUCAUUGUGAGAGAUGAGUCUUUGUGUGGUUGUUUCGUUUCAGUGUAUUGAAGGUGUCAUUGGAGGAACAGAUUAUGACCAGAGCAAGGUGAACCAGUGGACGGCUAAUAUAGUGGAGCAUUCUCUGACUCACCUGGUCAAACAGGGACGCCCAUUUAAAUACAUCGGUAAACUUACUGACUGCCCCGUACAGAAACAUGACACCACAGGAGUUUAUAUGUCUCUGUAUGUUCUCUUGGAGUAAUGCUGAUCUGUGAUGUUUUGCAGUAAACUGUGCAAUUAUGCAGAAAACUGGCGCAGGUCUCCACACAGCCAACUCCUGCUACUGGGACACUGCUACUGAUGGUGAGAAGGGAUAGCUAAUUCUUUCAAGAGCUAUUAUAUGAAAUAUUUAUCAAAGUAAGUAAACUGCAUAUCAUAGAUAAGUGUUUUAACUGCUUCAGUUUGGCUUUAGAAAGUUUUUACCUAUGGGAUUAUAUUUUCUACCUUUACAUUAGAGCUGGUAUCUUUGGAAAUUGUUGUUGUUGUUGUUGAAAAUAUGACCCCAAGCUGAUAACCAAGCAAAACAGAGACAAACAGUCAAUUCUUUAGUUUUAACGAGUGUCUAAAUUUUCCAUCAAAUGAAUGGCUCAACAGCAAAGCAGCUGUAAAGAGCAGAAGUCUAUAAUAAUGUGUAUUUCUAUCUUCUGACUAUUGAUUCCAGCUUCGAGUGUGGGUUUGUGCAAAAACUAGUAAACAAAACUGCAGAGAAAUUCUAAAGAUAAACCUUCACUUAAACUUUUAAUCAGAAACUCCCAACAUGUGUUGACUCUCAUCUUUCCUCCUGCGUGUUUGUGUCCCAGGAAGCUGCACAGUGCGAUGGGAGAAUCGCACCAUGUACUGUGUGGUCAGCGUCUUCGCUGUAGCCGUGGCUCUGUGAUGGCGCUCUUUUCUACUUCCUGAAACCGUGACUAAGAAGCCCUAAAUAUCCACUGAUGAUUCCCUCUGGUAUAACUUUGUGGACACGUAGGUAGUUUCUCCCCAUAGGUUUGAAAAACCUGACUGCAGGAUAGAUGCUUUGGCCUGUGAGUCGACAGUUUUGAUCACUUAGAAGCUGCUGCUUUAUUGGGACCAGGCAAAUAUUAAAGGGAAGGAACAAUACUAAAGAUACUUAGCACUAAACUAAACAUUUCAUCCUGAUGUUGUAAUCUGUGUUUAAUGUAGAUCUUCAAUAGUUUUUCCUUAAACUUUGACUUCAGUGUGUUUAGUACUACUGAGCAAAAGUUAGCACUUUUGCGCUUAACUCAGGUGGUGAAAACAGUAAACAUUAACUUACAAGCGUUAAGCAUAUAGUGCUGCAGUGUUUCCGUACAGCCUCUCUGACGUGAUCGCAUGGCUGUUUAACUCUUCUUGUUUUCUUCUUCAGUACAUUCCUCUAAAAAAAUGACUGAACUGUUGCUGUUGUUGAGAUUUAAGUGAAGUCUGUUGUGUUUUAAUAGAAACUAGUUGUUGUUGCAUUAAUAGUUUUUGUUACGUAUCUGUAAGUUUAGAUAAAACAGUGUUUGGUUUCAAGCCUUCGUUAUUGUUCAGUAUAACAAAGCAAUGCAUUUUUUAGACUUUCUAUGAAGGAAAUAUGGAUAUUUGUCUGUUAAAGUUUGUGUUGUGUUUGUUGAAGCUGUUGAAUAAAUGAAUUUAAUGGAAUCAGUGCAGUCAGG